AUGCAAUAUUUCUUUUUCUUUAGCGCUCAAAUCUUUUUACUUUUCUUUAGUUUCUCAUCCACAGCUCCCUCAUCAAAUGAUGGCUAUUUUCCUGCAUGCGAUUCCUUUUGUCCAUCAAACACCGGCGAGGCUCUUGAGCAUUGUUGCUUUGGAGCAACACUUCCGAAUGUUCGCACGACUGGUUGCAUCAACAACAAAGCAAUCUGUUGCACUGAUUCUUGCUCGUUUAUCGGAAAG